AAUGGCCGGGCAACUUCCGCGUCGAAUCAUCAAAGAGACACAACGACUUCUCGCGGAUCCGGUUCCCGGAAUAUCGGCAAAUCCAGACGAGAGCAACGCCAGAUACUUCCAUGUCAUGAUAGCCGGGCCAGACGAUUCUCCAUUUGCUGGUGGUGUCUUCAAGUUGGAGCUUUUCCUUCCGGAAGAGUAUCCGAUGGCUGCACCGAAAGUUCGAUUCAUGACAAAGAUCUAUCAUCCGAAUAUUGAUAAACUCGGCAGAAUUUGUCUCGAUAUUCUCAAGGAUAAAUGGUCGCCGGCUCUUCAAAUUCGCACGGUUCUUCUGUCGAUUCAGGCUCUUCUUUCGGCUCCAAAUCCGGAAGAUCCACUGGCAACUGAUGUCGCCGAGCAAUGGAAAACGAAUGAGGCCGAGGCGAUUAAGACUGCAAAACAAUGGACGAUGAACUAUGCUCAAGCCUGAUCGUCUCCGAAGCUCGCCUCUAGAACAACUACAAAAAAUCACAUCAAACAAAAAAAAAUUCGAAAUUCUCUCAGCCUGCUCUUUGUCCCGCCUUUUCCCGCCCCCUUACGAACUUCCAAUAAAUUGUAUGAAUUGCAUAAAAAUCUCGAUUUUCCCCAUCUUCUACUAUAUAUCUAAAUAUUGAUUUUUUUUGUCCCCGCCCGGUUUUUUGUCUCGAAAUUCUACAAUUUCCUCCCCAUCCCAUUGAAUUUUUUAAAAAAUUUUUUUGUCUCUGUUGUCUCACGAUCCUCAUCAAACCGUCGUCGUCCAUUUAAUUUAAAUUCUUCUUUUUUUCUCCCAGUUUCCAGAAAAUCUUCUUCCAUCGAAAUUGAUUUUUUUUUCUCUUUUGGAAAUUUUGAUGAUUUUUUGAAUAAAGUCGUUAUUUUUUUUGAG